GCCAGGCAGCGCGAUGCCGAAGGGGCGGGCGGCCAAGCCCAGCGCGGAGCGGGACGGCGCCUGGUUCCCUCACCCUGGAGUAUUACAAAGCCAACCAGAAUCCAUUACAGGCUCCAUGCUAAAACAGGUGCAAAAUCCAGAAGAAGUUGAGUCCAUUGAGAAGAAAUUGCCAGUAGCAUACAGAAUUCGAGAGCAGCAAGCGGUAAACAACUUCCCAUUUUCAUCUCAUGACAACAAACAUUGUUUACAGAAUAGAGGGGAAUACUUUGAUUUUGGUUUAGGACGAAAGAAGGUUAAACCUGAAAGAAGUCAGCAGAAGUCAGAAAAUUUCUUUCUAUGGGCACAUGAGUCCAUUCCUAGCAGUAAUGAUGGCUUCAGCAUUUAUCAAACAUCAUUCACAGGGGACCAAAACACUGAGCGCCCUUUUUGUAGGCGAUAUCCAAAACAGCACUUGGAAAGAUGUUGCACUGAUAAGCCCAUCCUGAGAAUGAAAAACAAAUGUAGUUAAGCAAGCAUAUUCAUUAAAAAACUCCUGUAUGGUGUCUGCUGACUCUAAUCAAUGGCUUUUCCCUUAGUCUGAAUUCUUACCACUCAAACAUGACAGAGUAAAUGUAAUAUUGCAAAAUAGAUCUUGCAGCACUUGCCAAACAGUUUUGAUUUACAGCAAAAGCUGUGUUAACCAGCACUUUAUUAGCCGGAAAACUCUACUAACCAGCAUCCAAGGGAUGCAGCAAAAGUGAAACCAGAAGUACCACUUCCGGGGGACUUCCGGCUUUGCUGCCGCAAGCCGAGCUGUUCUUUGUCACUUCUUCGGCCCACAGCCCAGGGCAAAUCAGCCUGCGUGGGGCAAAGCAGCCUGCACGGGGUCCCCCUUCCUGUCCCCCGGCGCACUGAUGCUGGGGAGUGCACCAGACGGUGGACAUUUGAUUAACCGGCAUAUUUGAUUAACUGGCAUCCCCCAUUCCCAGAGCUUUUACUGUAGUUAGAAAAUUUGUUGACAUUAGCAGUUAUCUUGGUA